CCAUCAGAACCUGUCGAGGCUUCAUCCAAGCCCGAAACAACACAAGCAAUGGACACCAAGUCGGACCAGCCCGCAACAUCAACCCCACCGCCCAUGUCCAAAAACGCCCUCAAACGCCUCCGGAAGCAGGAAGAAUGGGACGCCGGCAAAGACGACCGCCGCAAGCGCCGCAAGGAGAAGCGCCACGAGCGUAAAACUCGCGUCCGCGAUGAGCGCGCCGCCCUCAUCGCACAAGGCGUCGAUCCCGCGGAGCUGAAGAAGAAGAAGCAGGUUUCUACGCUGGCCCCCGUGGGCAUCAUUGUCGACUGCGACUUUGAGGACUACAUGAUGGAUAAGGAGCGCGUUUCCCUGUCUAGCCAAGUCACGAGGGCGUACUCUGACAACAAGGCGGCGAGAUAUCGUUCGCAUCUCUGGGUGGCUGGAUUUAACAAGGGAAUUGCGAAGCGGUUUCACGAGGUGCUGGGUGAUCAGCAUAAGAACUGGAAGGGCAUAUGGUUCGAUGAGGGCGACUACAUCAGCUGUGCGGCCAAGAUCCGCGAACGGAUGAGUGCCGCUGAUGGCAGCGGUGGAGAGAUGAUUGAGUCGCUGCAGCGCAGCCUCGAUGAGCCUUGUGCGUGGACCCGUGAUGAGACGGAUCCUUUCCCUAUUCCUGGGCCGGAGCCUCCCCUGGACGAGGCGAACAAGGACGUUGUGUAUCUGUCGUCUGACUCCCCUUAUACGCUUGAGCGCUUGGAGCCGAACACGUGCUAUGUCGUGGGCGGAUUGGUCGAUAAGAAUCGCGAAAAGGGCCUUUGCUAUAGACGUGCGCGGGAAAAGAGCAUUCGUACGGCGAGAUUACCGAUUGGCCAGUUUAUGGUGAUGCAGAGCCGACAGGUCCUGGCGACGAACCAUGUAGUUGAGAUUAUGCUCAAGUGGCUGGAAUGCGGCGAUUGGGGCCAGGCGUUCCUGAGCGUGAUUCCAAAGAGAAAGGGUGGAAAGCUGAGAGGUGAGAAUGCUGAGUCUGAGGGUGGGGACGGUGAAGGAGCAGAUGGAGAAGAAGACGAGGACCAAGAUGAAGAUCAGGAUGAGGCUGAGGCUGAAGAAGCAAAGGCGUCAGAAAACAAGGAAGAGGACGCCGUGGAAGUUGAGACAUCAACCAACGUUGGAGACGAGGGCAAAUCAGGGGCUGAAGAAGCGAAAGAGACACAAGCAUAGACAUAAUGCUCUCUGCAGUCUCAUCAUUUAUACCAAGCAUUGUUCCAUACCCAAGGAAUACCUGCUCAAAUUAUGUGUCUCCCAAAUAAUAUGCAAACCUUCCCUUAGCUAAACCAUCAUGAUUAAAAAUCCAUUGAGUCAUCCUCCCGCUCUCGCUUAACUUUUGUAAUCCCUUCAUCCUUGAUGAUUCCCGAUACAAACGUUCUAAACUGAUCGACAUAGGGCUUCAGGCUGGUCUUUUCCCAGUCUGCAAUGUUGACUUUGGACUUGUCAUCGCCCUCCUCGCCCUCCUCCCCACCCUUCCAAGUAUCAAUCUCGGCUAGCAGGCUUUGCACCGUUGGCACACCAAGAGGGUCAAAGUCUUCGAGAGCCCUUGUGU